UAACGGCAUGUUUGGCAAUUUCUCGUCUCUCCCAGCUCGACUCUUGUUCAGAGAGAAAGAUAGAGAGAAGCUCUGAAAUUCUAUCAAACAGAUUUGAAUCUCUCGAGGGGGCUUCCUAAGAGUUUUUUUUUUUCUUUGUUUUCUUUGAAGACCCGGAACAUUUUUCAAGCAGAGAUCUUGCCAUUCCGGCGGGAAAACGUUGUUCUUUAUAGGAGAAGCGGGUUAUCUGAUGUAGAUCUUGAGCUUUUUCAUUUUUCUUCAGAGUUCAGAGAGUGUUUGGAGAUUUUGGGAUUCUUGUGGGGUUCGGCUUCUGUUAGAAAAAUUGGGAAUUUUUUGGAGGCAAUCUAGUGCUUGAACCGGAGGGGCGAAUGGUGGUGAAGAUGAUGAAAUGGCGGCCAUGGCCACCACUUUUGUCGAAGAAAUUCGAGGUGAAGCUGGUGCUGAGGAAAAUGGAGGGGUUUCACGUUGGAACGGGUGAGGAAGAGAAGACAGGGGAGGUUCCGAGAUUAACGGUGGAGAUCAGAUGGAAGGGUCCUAAGAUCGCUCUGAGUUCUUUGAGGCGGACGGUGAAGAGGAACUUUACUAAGGAGGAGGAAGCGAGGAGCGACGGGAUUGUUGAGUGGAAUGAGGAGUUCCAGAGCGUUUGCAGUCUUUCGGCUUACAAGGACAAUGUGUUUCAUCCCUGGGAGAUCGCAUUUACGGUCUUCAAUGGCUUGAAACCAGGGCCAAAGAACAAGGUUCCUGUUGUUGGAACAGCAUUAUUAAACAUUGCAGAAUUUGCUUCUGCAUCUGAAGAAAAGGAGCAUGAAAUAAACAUCCCUCUCAUUCUGGCUAGUGGCACUGCUGAUUCUCAACCCUCUCUUUAUUUAUCUCUCAACUUAUUAGAAUUGAGAACCACCCAAGAACAUGCAGAGACAGUGGCACGGUCAAUAGUUCCUGUUCCACUGUCACCCCGAUCUGGAGAAUCUGUCUCAACGGAGAGAGAUGAGCUUUCUGCUCUCAAAGCAGGUCUGAGGAAAGUAAAAAUACUGACAGAGUAUGUAUCAACGCGAAAAGCUAAGAAGGCAUGCCAUGAGGAAGAGGACAGUGAGGGAAAAUGCUCCGCAAGGAGUGAGGAUGGUGAAUAUACAUACCCAUUUGACACAGACUCCCUUGAUGAUUUUGAUGAAGGAGAGCUAGAGGAAGGGAAGGAAGAUUCUAGUGUUAGGAAGUCAUUCAGUUAUGGAACAUUAGCAUAUGCUAAUUUUGCUGGGGGAUCAUUUUACUCUGACAAGAGGUUCAAUGGGGAUUACGAGGACUGGAUUUACUACAGCAACCGCAAAUCAGAUGCGAGCUGCUUGCAUGUUGAGGACCCAGUGGCGUCAGUCUCUGAUCAAUCUAGUUCAAAACGAAGCAUCCUACCUUGGAGGAAGAGGAAGCUGAGCUUCAGAUCUCCUAAGCCUAAAGGGGAGCCACUGUUGAAGAAAGCAUAUGCAGAAGAGGGUGGGGACGACAUUGAUUUUGACCGCAGGCAGCUUAGCUCAUCUGAUGAGUCCUUUCCUCUAGGGUGGCACAAGGCUGAUGAAGAUUCAACUGCAAAUCGCUCCUCAGUGUCUGAAUUUGGGGAUGACAAUUUUGCUGUGGGAAGCUGGGAACUUAAGGAAGUAAUAAGCCGUGAUGGACACAUGAAGCUCCAAACUCAAGUCUUCUUUGCUUCCAUUGAUCAACGGAGUGAGCGAGCUGCUGGUGAAAGCGCAUGUACAGUUCUUGUUGCUGUAAUUGCUGAUUGGUUCCAAACCAACCAAGAUGCAAUGCCAAUCAAAUCUCAGUUUGACAGCCUCAUCAGGGAAGGCUCCCUAGAGUGGAGAAACCUAUGUGAGAAUGAGACAUAUAGGGAGCGUUUCCCAGACAAGCACUUUGACCUUGAGACAGUCCUCCAGGCCAAGAUCCGUUCUGUAUCUGUUGUCCCACGGAAGUCUUUCAUUGGAUUCUUUCAUCCAGAUUGGAUGAAUGAAGGGGGUUUUGAUUUUUUGCAUGGUGCAAUGUCCUUUGACAACAUCUGGGAUGAGAUCAGCCGUGCUGGGUUGGAAUGUCCCAAUAAUGGGGACCCCCAGAUCUACAUUGUCAGCUGGAAUGACCAUUUUUUCAUUCUCAAGGUUGAACCAGAAGCUUACUACAUAAUUGACACGUUAGGAGAGAGGCUUUUUGAAGGAUGUAAUCAGGCUUAUAUCCUGAAAUUUGACAGGAAUACAACAAUCCAUAAAAUUCCAAACGAGGCACACCAAUCGGAGGAAAAACCUGCUGGUGAUCAACAGGUAGUUCCGUCUGGGGAAUCUGGAAUGCGGCAGGUCCAGCAGAACAACUCCAAGGAAGUUCCGGCAGCAGGGUCUGUAGUACUAACAAAACCAGAUGAAUCUGGAAACAGUGAAGCUGAAGAGGAGAUCGUGUGCAGAGGGAAGGAGUCAUGUAAAGAGUAUAUAAAGAACUUCUUGGCUGCAAUCCCCUUGAGGGAAUUACAGACAGAUAUCAAGAAGGGGUUGAUGGCUUCUACACCUCUGCAUCACCGGCUGCAAAUUGAAUUCCACUACACAGAGUUCCGACAGCCAGCACCUGAACCUCCAGCGGCAGAAGUAACAGCGGCAGAAAUGGGGGUGGCAGUAAAGGAGGCAGCCUGCUAGGAGAGUUGUGUAAAUUUUAGGGGGAAGUGUGUGACUAUUCUAAUCUUUUUUUUUCUUAUAAUUGUUGGUAAUGUGGGGUAGAUUUUGAGUUGAAUGGGUCAAGGAAAGAUGAACCCAUUUAAGUUUUGUUUUGAGUGCUUUUUUUUCUUUCUUGUAGAGUGCUCUUAUUCUCUGUGCCUAUAAGAGCAUCUAUAUCAAAUGUGUUUUAUGUCUAUGACAGACCUAUGUCUUAUUAUUUUUUCCUGUUUAUUCUGGGUAACAAAGGGUACUGGGAUGGUGGCCGUGUACAUGACUGUGGAUUUGAUGUUUAUUAACUUUAUUUCUCCAGAUGUAACUUCUAAUAUCCUACUGUAAUUUUUUUCUCUGAACUUCAAGAUUA